AUGGCUACUAGAUAGAUUACAAAUCCUAACGAUUCAAAGAAGAAACAUAAGGAGAACAAAAACAACUCUAUUAAAACUUCUAAGAAAAAGGUUAAAUCAAAAUCGCAAGUUAAUCAAGAAUAAGUCUUGAACUUAAGAUCAAGUUUUGAAACCUUAGUAAAAAACAAGUAAUAGUUUACUAAAAUUAGAGAGGAUCUUGAAAAGAUAAUUAUAAAUCAAGAAAGUAAAAUUAAGGAUCUGAAAUUGAAUGAAAAAAAUUUAUUAGAAGAAUUGAAAAGACAAGGGGAUAUUGCAAGAGAAGCACUAAAUAAAUUAUAUUACUAUUAGUAAGAAAAUAACAUUGAGAGAGAAAAGCUAAAGAAAUAUUAUGAAGGUAUUCAACCGUUAAUUUAAUAGAUUAUUAUAAAACGAAAGAAUAGGAAAUGAUUCAAAAGUAUGAAGGACUCAUGUAAUAAUCUAAUAUUACUAUGUCUGAUUAUCAAAAAAAAUUCAAAGACUUUGUAGUAAAAGAAUAAAAUUACUAGGAUGAAAUUGGAUUAUUAAAAAAAGCAUCAAGAAAUAUUUAUACUCCUAGGGACAGAGUAAUUUAUAAUUUAAAUAUUGUUUGUUAGAACUUUCAAGAAUAAUUGAAUGAGAUGGAAGUCAAGCUGAAUUUAGCGAAUAAAAAUAAUGAGCAAGUGAAAAUGCUAUAAAAUGAGAACUCCAAUUUGCAUGUAAAAAUUGGACAAUAUGAAAAAUAAUUGAGUUAAAAAAAUGAUAUAGAAAAAUCUUUGAGAGAUAAAUUUAGUAAGCAAAUAAUUGAGUUAUAACAAGAAUUAAAAGUAUCAUUUUAUAAUUUAUGAUUCUUUAGUAUUGGAAAAAUGAAAUGGAUAAAGUCAUAAGAUAGAAUAAAGUUGUAAUUUCCAAGUUAACGCCAUAAAAGUUAAGAUAUUGA